AUGUCGGCUGCACCGCCUGCUACCGGUGUUGAAGACUCGGCUGACCGAAAUGUUGAGAUGUGGAAAAUCAAAAGGCUAAUCAAAAGCUUAGAGCUCGCCCGGGGCAACGGAACCUCAAUGAUUUCCCUAAUAAUUCCACCACGUGAUCAAAUUGCUCGUGUACAAAAGAUGCUUGCGGACGAAUACGGUACUGCUUCAAAUAUAAAGUCGCGCGUGAAUCGGCUCUCAGUACUGGGUGCGAUCACUUCUGUUCAGGGUCGUCUCAAGUUGUAUAGCAAAGUUCCUCCCAAUGGACUUGUCGUGUAUUGCGGCACAAUUGUCACUGAUGAAGGGAAGGAGAAGAAGGUCAACAUCGACUUCGAACCCUUCAAACCCAUCAACACAUCACUUUAUCUCUGCGAUAACAAAUUUCACACGGAGGCGCUUCAGGGUCUACUAGCGGAUGACAACAAAUUUGGUUUCAUAAUUAUGGAUGGUAACGGGACAUUGUUUGGAACGCUGCAAGGAAACACACGUGAAGUGCUUCACAAAUUUACGGUGGAUCUACCAAAGAAACAUGGAAGGGGAGGUCAGUCAGCACUUCGCUUUGCUCGGCUACGAAUGGAAAAGCGCCAUAAUUACGUGCGGAAGGUUGCAGAAUGUGCAGUUGAGAUGUUCAUCAAAAACGAUAAAGUUAUUGUGGCAGGUCUAAUUUUGGCAGGUAGCGCGGAUUUCAAGACCGAGCUUGGGCAGUCUGACAUGUUCGACCAACGCCUACAAGCGAAAAUGGUCAAGACAGUGGAUAUUUCUUAUGGUGGAGAAAAUGGGUUUAAUCAGGCUAUUGAGCUUGCUGCUGAUGCUCUUGCUAAUGUUAAAUUUAUACAGGAGAAGAAAUUGAUUGGUGGAUACUUUGAUGAAAUCAGUCAAGACACUGGUAAAUACGUUUUUGGAGUGAAGGAUACGUUACAAGCUCUUGAGAUGGGAGCUGUGGAGACCCUCAUUUGCUGGGAAAAUCUGGACAUUAUUCGUUACAAGUUGAAAAACGCCAAUGGAGAAGAGAAGGUCCUCAAUCUAAGGCCAGAUGAAGAACGAGACAAGUCACAUUUUACCGAUAAGGAAACCGGUCAAGACAUGGAAAUUGUGGAGACGAUGCCCCUUCUUGAGUGGUUUGCUAAUAAUUAUAAAAAUUUUGGUGCUACUCUCGAGAUUGUCACGGAUAAGUCACAAGAAGGUGCUCAGUUUGUGCGGGGAUUUGGAGGAAUCGGAGGUCUGCUACGUUACCGGGUCGACCUGAUGAAUGAGUUAGCUGACGAGCUUGACGAGAUUGACUUCGAUGACUAUUGA